ACGACGCAUGACGACUUCCUGUUUUGGGGAAGUCCUGAGUUAGUUAUCAAUCUCUUGGUUUGGAGAUUACCACAGGAAUAUACAACGAUUUACCCUUCAAAUGUGUAUAUUUAAUCUGGAGUAAAAUUUAAAGUGCGGCUAUCCUUUUUAAUAAAUAAUGUCGGACAGUCCAGACCAGUGCUUCUAGAAAAUUCUUUUCAACCUGCAUUUGGUCACCAACAGACCUGCCACCAAGCGAUGAACAGAAUUUGGAGAUACAAGGCUCUGUUACUAACUGCUCAGAUGCGGUGACUGAGGGACAAGAAGAAAACAUGUUUAAUGACCGACAGUACUAUUGUGAGAUGUGCCACCAGCACUUCGUAGAUCAGUGCGGGGUUCAUGGGCCACCGUUAUUUACUUAUGACUCACCAGCGACUAAGGGGACUCCUCAGAGGGCUCUCUUAACACUCCCUCAAGGUUUGGUGAUAGGCAGAUCAAGCAUUCCCAACGCAGGACUUGGAGUUUUCAACCAAGGCCAGACUGUGCCUUUGGGGAUGCAUUUUGGACCUUUUGAUGGAGAGGUGACCAGUGAGGAAAAGGCAUUAGAUAGUUCAAAUUCUUGGGUAAUUUGCAGAGGCAAUAAUCAAUGUAGUUACAUAGAUGUAGAGAGAGAUACUCACUCUAACUGGAUGAAGUAUGUGGUGUGCUCAACAAGUGAGAUGGAGCAGAAUCUUGUUGCAUUUCAGCAAAAUGGACAGAUUCUGUUUCGUUGUUGUCGAUCUAUUAGCCCAGGGCAGGAGUUACGAGUGUGGUAUUCUGAUGAAUAUGCAGAAGGCCUUGGCACAAUCUGGGAUAAGAUCUGGGACAGAAAAUGCAACCCUCCUGGGAAAACCGAAGAACAGUCCUCUCAAGAAUGCCCUUGUCCUCAUUGCUGUUACUCCUUUCCAACCUCUUUUUAUCUGGGUGUUCAUGUGAAACGUUCGCACCCAGAUCAGUAUGCACAAUUCUUGCAGACGCAGCCAAUUGUGUCCACAGACCACUCACCAGUGAUCGACGUAGACCAGUGCCUCCUGGCCUCUGAUGCACUUCCUCCAAGCCAGGUGCAGCCAAACACAGGUUACUGUCAGGGUCAAGUUUCAAGCCUAAAUGGACAAGCCGUACAUGACCUAGAAAAGUCAGACAGCACAGAUUUGUCCGAUAUAUGCAAGAAGGGUUCGAACGAGACCACCAACGGGGUAACCGAUGUCUCGGGAGAAACAAAUAAAUGUGGUGAGUGUGACCGCAAUUUUCUGAGGUCUUGUCAUCUGAAGAGACAUCAGCGCACUAUCCACUUCAAGGAGAAGCCUUAUUGCUGCAGCCAAUGUAGGAAGUGCUUCAGUCAGGCAACAGGCCUGAAGAGACACCAACAGACCCACCGGAACGAGGAGAAACAAACGGAUGCCACCAUACCUUCUGAUGUACACCCCUGCACCAAGUGUUCGUUCUCUUUUGUGACCAAAGUCAAUUUAUUCCAACAUCUCAAGCGCCAUCAUCAUGGCGAGUACCUCAGAUUAGUGGAGAAUGGCUCGCUCACACCACAGAAUGAGGCUACAGAGGCUCAUUUUGACACGAAUGACCCACCCUACGAACCUCCUGUUAGCUCGGGAAAGUCUGCGAAGAGCCGCUUGAGCCGCAGGAUUCGUCCUAAAAAUGUGCCUAGCGGACGACCCCGUGGCCGACCGCCGAAGAACAAGCAUAAAGCCACAGCUGAGGCACAGACGGCUUUAACAGUCUGCACUAAAUGUGAACAAAGCUUUUCUGAUUCCGAGUUGCUAAAAACUCACCAAUGUCCUGGAAAAGCCAACAAAGAACCGGAGGAACCGCAAGAAGCACCGGCUUCCCGUCACGUUUGUGGCGAAUGCAAAAGAGUUUUCGGUAAUCUUGAUCUCCUCAAAGCCCACGAGUGUAUUCAGCUGGAAGGUGGGCCACACAGCUGCUUCAGCUGUAACCUUCACUUCAACCGUUUGUGUAACCUUCGCCGCCACGAGCGCACCAUCCACUCUAAGGAGAAGCCCUACUGCUGCACGCAGUGCCUUAAGUCUUUCGCCCAAUCCUCUGGCUUGAAGCGCCACCAGCAGAGCCACUCGCGCCUGAAAGCCCUCCUUCAGAGCUCGGCGCAGGAGAACGACACCAUUUUUCUCUGUACCUACUGCCCUUUCUCCUUCACGGGUGAACACUACCUUCACAAACACAUCCGGCGACACCACCCAGAGAUGAGCGGCAAAUAUCUGAGUUUCGAUGGUGUUUUCUCAGGUGAAAAGCCGCACAGCUGCACCCAGUGCUCCAAGAGCUUCAGCACAAUCAAGGGCUUUAAGAACCACACCUGCUUUAAGCAGGGAGAUAAGGUCUACCUGUGCCCCGAUUGCGGGAAGGCAUUCAGUUGGUUUAACAGCCUCAAGCAACAUCAGCGCAUCCACACGGGUGAAAAGCCGUACACGUGUCAGCAGUGCGGGAAGAGUUUCGUGCACGCGGGCCAACUGAACGUGCACCUCCGCACGCACACGGGCGAGAAGCCUUUCCUGUGCGCGCAAUGCGGGGAGAGUUUCAGGCAGUCGGGAGACCUGAGGCGGCAUGAGCAGAAGCAUUCGGGAGUUCGGCCAUGCCGCUGCCCAGAUUGUGGGAAAAGCUUCAGUCGACCGCAGAGUCUCAAGGCUCACCAACAGCUUCACGUCGGCACCAAGCUUUUCCCCUGUGGUCAGUGCGGGAAAAGCUUUACCCGUGGAUACCACUUGACCCGACAUCUCCAGAAAAUGCACUCUGCGCUACAGUAACCAUGACGAUACGUGGCUAACGAAUAUACCAAUGUCGAAGGAAAGGUUUUGCUACUGUUGUUUGGAGAAUAUCUGUAUUUCCAUUGACACAAAAUUGUCGAUUAAAAAGACCUUUUUGUUGCCGAGACGAGUCUGGACUGGGUACAAGAUUAUUUUCUUAAAAAUAGGAUAAGUAGGCACACAAAUACUUGAUAUGUAGUUGGUGCCCAAAACCAGAGAAUCGUAGGAGUACAGAGUCAAAACUAUAUUUUAUUAAUUCAGUUGUUAGACAUUGAAAUGUUUCUAUGAUAGUAAAAUAAAUGUAAAAUUUGCAGAAAUGCAGUAGGGUUUCUGUUAUGUAUUUAUAAGGAUAAAGCUUUUUUCACAUUAAACAUCCUCCCAUUUUGCCCCCCCUCCCAAAUAAAUAUGCAAUUUCCAGUCUUAUCGUUCAAUAAUAUCAUCAAGGACUUCAGUGGCAAAUAAGCCAUUAAACCACAGAGGUCAUUAAACUUCACUAGAUGCAUGAACAUUUAUGCAUCUUUUAACACACUGUCCAUCUAUGCAGCAGAAAGCACAAGUUGAUACAGUCUUGUAUAAACAGUUUGUUUUAAUUUACAAACCUUAAAUUUGAUGUCACGGUUGAGUUUGUGUACAUAUAUUACAGGGUAUCAAGUAAUGACGUUUUGAUGCUUGUUUUCUGAAUCAUUUAAAGAAGCUGUAACAUGGUAAAAAUGUGCAUCUGCAGGCCUGUCAUUAAAUUGGCCUCUCAAAGGAAGGCGUUCUGAUGCUCCUUUAUGUGUGAUAGGAUUGCUAUAGUCUCUCUCAGGCAUAGUAAAUGCAAUGUUUUUAUUACUUUAUAAUAUUCAUUAUAUAUAUAUAUAUAUAUACAAACCCAAGCAAAGAAUGACCUGCGCAAUAUAUGUGUCAAUUCAGAAGUUGACUGUCGUUUUGAACAUUUUAGUUUAAAAUAACAUAGCAUGCACACUUAAAUUACUUUAAAUUUCUUAAAACUUUUUUGACUGUUUAAUAAAUAUGCCACACUUUACACAACAGAGCUGUUUUAAUAAAAUGAUUGCAUAUGUGAUACACAUUUUGGUUAAUGAAAUAACCUUAUAUUUACCUAAUGUAGAAUAUAUUGUAUGAGAAACGAUGAAAAGGUGCUUGUUCUGCUCCAUUUCUAGUUUUUACACAUGUAGUUAAACACUGAAGGGUGAGCUGACAGCACAAGGAUUAAAAUCAUCUUCAGUUAGUGUUUUAAGAUGCUUUUCAAAAAAGACAUUUUUUCAUCUUAAAUAUAACAGCUGAUUAAACCAUACAGAUUAAAGCAAGGCUUGAACAAUACAUUCAGUCAUUCAGUAUUUGUGGCGUACGCUUUUUAUGUCAUAAUGUUUAGUAACACAAUCAAACUAUCCUGAACAACAUCCUUGCUUUCUGAAGCCGGAUACUCGUGUUUAUUAGUAACCGUCUUUACUUUCCAGUCUGGUCGUGAUGUGUGUAAUGUCAAAUAUACAAACCAAUAUUCUACAUGCUGCACCUGCUCCUGCUGGCAGGCAAUCGCUCCCUCUAGUGGCUGGUAAUGCACAUGUCCUCUGUCCUGCUGACAUUUGUGAAAGUGGUGUGAUGUAAAGGGAUAAUUCACCCAAAAAUGAAAAUUCUGUCAUUAAUUACUUAACCUCAAGUUGUUCCAAACCUGUAUAAAUGUCUUUGUUCUCUUAAACACAAAGAAAGAUAUUUAGGAAAAUGUGAGCAACUGAGAUCUCUGAGGCACCAUUGGCUACCAUAAUAGAAAAAAAUGGUAUUCAAAUGUGCCCCAGAACUGUUUGCUUUUCUAAAUUCUAAAUAUCUCAUUGUGUAGUCAACAGGACAAACAAAUUAUACAUUAUUAUAUAUUAUUUCUACUAUGGUAGUCAACGAUGACCCAGAAAUCUCCCUUGUUAACAUUCUUCCAAAUAUCUUUCUUUGUGUUUAACAGAACAACGAACUUUAUACAGGUUUGGAACUACGUGAAGGUGAGCACUUCAUGACAGAAUUUUCAUUUUUUCGGUGAACUAUACCUUUAAA